UGUUUGGUACCCGAUUGCACUAAAUUCCCUGCAUAAUAAUACAAUCGAUAACCAGUGGCCAGAUCCAGUUGGUAACACGCGUGCUCCUUCUGUUUGUAGUGUAAAUAUAUAAAUAUCUUUAUUCGAGACAACAUUUUGACAAAAGUCCUUCGAGCAAGUCUAAAGUUAUUAUUUUUUUUUAUGGAGGAUGCUUUUGUGAAGCAAGUGACAUUUACACACGGCCAUUUUCCUUAUUGCAUCAGGGUCCUGUUGAAUAUGUACAUUGAUAAACCACAAUACAAUGCACAGUACAAAAGCCACUUCUUGUUAACUUUCAACAUAUCUGCAGACUCAAAACAUGCAUCAGGGAGUGCAGUGACAGAGUAUACUGCACGUAUUGUUUCAGCUUUAAAACUCAAAUAACAGCUCAGUGAACGGGGGAGGCCAAAUGGGAUUAAACACGUUUUUUUUUUGAAGGGUGCACGAGGCUUUGACAUGCAGGCUUAUUCUAAGUUUGUUUUAACACUCUUAAAAUGUAAAGUACUUAUACUGUAUACCCUGAGAACGGUUCUAAAAAAAAAAAGGAACAAGCAAGAUUUCAUGUUGAAGACUUGACAGAAAAUGAUGUAAUGAAAAAUAGAUCAUGUAUUGCUGGAAGUUACCGAACAAAAAAAAGAAAUUAUAUGAUAUCCGAGUUCACAUUGUGUUCACAAAGUUCUGGUGUUUGCUGUAAUUCCCACCACUUUUUCUUAAACUCACGCACGCAUGCACAGACCCAACGGUUACGGAUUGGGGAUUACAAUUGCGGACUUGUCUGAAGGGAUAAACCUUUGGGCUAAAGCCUCUCUCUGACCAGACUCUCUGAGUUUACUCAGAAGAAUAACCUGAAAGGGAAAGAGAGGAGGACGGAUAACUGGUGGAGAUCCAUCACUUCUCAAAAAGAAGAAAAGCACGAAGUCUUCCGGGUGACCGAGGACUCACUUCUGAUCCUGGAAGCAGCAUGGAUAUGCAGUUUGUCUAUGACGUUUUAGGGGAAAAUGCUUGGUCAUACAUCAGUGCUACCUUCGUGGCGUUGUGGAUUAUGGUGUGGUUGUACAGAGACAGCCUGCAGAUUGAGAACAUCGCCGAAAAGCACGUCUUUGUGACCGGCUGUGACACGGGGUUUGGAAACCUGCUGUGUCAGAACCUCGAUCGUAAAGGUUUCCACGUGCUCGCUGGCUGUCUCACAGAAAAGGGAGCCGACGACCUGAAGAGGUUGGCGGGCCCUCAUUUGAAGACUGUCCUUCUGGAUGUGACCAAUCAGGACAGCAUCCAGAAAGCCAUGGAGUGGACCGAGAAGGAGGUCGGCGAUAAGGGACUCUGGGGUGUUGUGAACAACGCUGGACGCUCAUUACCCAUGGGUCCUUCUGAGUGGAUGAAAGUGGAGGAUUACCACAGCACACUGAAAGUCAACAUGAAUGGAGUUAUUGCCAUGACGAUGAUCUUCCUGCCACUCAUCAAAAAGGCCCGGGGCCGUAUUGUUAACGUAGCGUCGGUGCUGGGCAGGGUGGCUGCAAACGGUGGCGGAUACUGCAUCUCCAAGUUUGCAGUGGAGUCUUUCUCUGACUGCCUCAGGAGAGAUAUUAACUACUUUGGCAUCAAUGUGUGCAUUAUUGAGCCGGGGUUUUUCAAGACCGCAGUGACGAGCCUGGACCCCCUCGAGAAGGAGCUGCACCGCCUGUGGAACCAGCUCAGCCCUGAAGUACAAGCCAGCUAUGGAGACAAGUACCUUGAUAAAUACAUCAAGGUCCAGCGUUUGAUCAUGAACGCUAUCUGCGACACUGACAUCUCCAAGGUGACCGGCUGCAUGGAGCACGCUCUGACCGCUGCCUACCCACGCACCAGAUACAGCCCCGGCUGGGAUGCUAAGUUUAUCUGGAUCCCCCUCUCUUACAUGCCUUCGUGUGUAGUUGACAUUGGGCUGAAGCUGGUGCUGCCUCGCCCGUCAAAGAGCGUGUAACUCAUGAGGAGUCAGCUUUUUUUAAAUGUCAUUUUGAUGCAUUGCAGAGGUUGACUUAAAGAAAUUAAUAUUUUGCCUUUCUAAAUACCCAUAUUCCUUAUCCAUGCAGUGACUUGAUGUUGCUCCUAUUUUCUUUAUGUGCCCUUAAUCUGGCAUGUUCAAGCAUUUGGUUUUCUUUUUUUUGUGUGUGUAAUUUACUGUUUGAUAAUUGUUUUGUUUGUUCACACUAUGCUGUGCCUUUUGACACUAUUGUUUAUGUUCAUUGAUAUGGAUGGAUUUUAAUAUCAAGAAACUCUCAGAAUGCAAUGAUCAGUGUAUUGUAUACACAAAUAAAAGAAAUAGCAAAAAGC